AUGUGCGGGCUCCCCGGCAGGUUGUGGGGCCGCCAGGGGGGUCCAUCACAGAACAAGAUAGUGGAUCAGUGCGAGCGGCUCCAGCUGCAGAGUGCUGCCAUAGCCAGGCACAUGGACGAGGUGCUGCCAGCCAAGAACCAGAGCGUCCUGAACGGAGCCAGUGAGGCACGGGAAUUAGUGAUUCAGAGGCUGAUCUUUGUGAGAAACAUGAUUGAAAACGAAGAGCAGCGAUUGCUGGAGAAGGCACACACGGAGGAGGAGCGGGCGCACCAGAGCAUCCUGACACAGCGCGUGCACUGGACUGAGGCUUUGCAGAAGUUGUCUGCCCUCCGAACCUACCUGGUGGACAUGAUCACCAACUUGGAUGACCAGGACCUGGUGCAUGCAGAACAAGAGAUCUUUGAGAGGACAGAGGCAGCGGAGGGAAUCUUAGAGCCACAGGAGUCUGAGAAGUUAAACUUUAAUCAGAAGUGUGUUCAGAGUCCAUUGCUGCACCGAUUAUGGGCUUCUGCGGUUCUCUGCUGCGUCACAGGCUCCGAAGAGAUUCACAUAGAUGAGAAAACUGUCAGCCCCCACCUGACCUUGUCUGAAGACAAGAGGACGCUGACGUUCAGCCCCAAGAAAGCGAAGGUGUAUUUGGACUGUCCCGAGAGAUUUGACCACUGGCCCAAUGCUUUGGCUACCACAUCUUUCCACACAGGAGUCUGUGCCUGGAGGAUCAGCGUGGAAAAGAGCUGUGCCUACAAGCUGGGCGUUUCGUACAGCUCCCUGCAGCGCAAGGGCUCCGGCAACGCGGCCCGCCUGGGUUACAGUCCUGUCUCCUGGGUCUUCUCGCGCUAUGACAGAGAGUUCAGGUUCUUGCAUGCGGGUCAAGAACAAAAUGUGGAGCUGAUCAAGUCUCCAGCAGAGCUUGGCGUGCUGAUUGACUUUGCUGGAGGCGAGGUGCUCUUUUAUGACCCUGAUUCCUGUGCCAUCCUCUUCUCCCACCGGGAAACCUUCACUGCUCCCCUCUAUCCUGUCUUUGCUGUGGCCCACCAGAGCAUCUCGCUUGUGCACUGAGUGAAGCAGUGCGCUA